CUGCAAUUUACCUUUUUUUUCUAUGAGUACUUAAAUAGUAUAUAUGUUCUUGGGAGCAUCAGCCUCUGUUUUGGAUGCUUCCAAUGCCAAUACGGCUGCCUCGGGGAUUCAGUGUGGUCUCCUCCCUGCUCUCUUGGUUUUGGUGUGUUACUGGACAAACAAUUAUACCAAUCUGGAACUUUCGUAUGAAUAGAAAAUGUGUGAGUUUUUUUGCUUCUUCUUGGUGUACACUUGUACCGGACAUUUGUUUUGUCAAAAGUUUCAGUCGUUAUGUUUUUUACAGUUCCUAGAGCCUCCCGUGCCUUACCACUUGUUGGAUGCUUCCAAAGAGCUGUUAGCGCAGCUCUAUGUUGUAUCAUGACAGCUUUGGUUUUGUGCGGGUUUGUUUAUUCGGUUUACACUUUAUACUUGGAAACGGCUGGUCAAACUCCAUUACCUUCUAUACCUUGAGCUUGCCAACAUAAAUUUAGAAGAUCCCCUGCACACAUACACACUUCCCUGUUUUUGACGAAAAAGGUGGUAUUUUGUCUCAAGGUAUUCUAUCCAUUGGUGCCUACGAUUUUGCUUGCAUAUGUAAAGUACUGUUGCAACUAUAGCACUGGUCAUCCGUUGCAAUAGCAAUUUGGUCUUGCCUAGAAGUAAGAUGAAGGUUAUAAUACUAUGUCAGCUAAUGUGUUGACAAUUAUCGUGUCAAUUGCUUUGAGUAUUCUGUGGUUCUAUUUCGUUAUCAUCGGUUUGUUGAUUCUUUCUGAAAUUUCUUAUUUUGGUAGCCUGAUGACUGGGGCAUCAGCAGGGGCAUCAGCAGUUGCAUCGCCCCAUUUGGAACUUCUCAUAGCUGCUUUAAAUUUCUUGAGGCUUUAGAUUACCUGUGCUAGCUGCUAACUAAUUGCUUUCGCACAAGAGCCAUUCAUUUGAUGCUGGAAGAAGAAGCUGAGCUCAGAAAAUGGACCAGAAAACCAGCAGGAGGAAGAAGUCCCCCUUUGGAAGGGUAUCUGGUAUUAGGGGUAGAAAUUCUUCAUCAAGAAAGGACGAUGAGGGCUCUAUCAACACUUCAGUUAAUUUCAGAGACACUCCAGAGCAGUCAGAGGUGGCUUCUCCAUCAGCAUCAUCUUCAUCCUUCUUCAAAAGUACAAGUCUGAAAUUCGGCAGUUUCAGUUCACCUUCUUCAACCACCAGUACACAUAUCGAGACCUUUAGGGUAUUUGCAGCAACAUGGAACGUCGCCGGGAAAACCCCAGACAUGGAGCUGAAUCUAAAUGACCUCCUGCCUUCUGAUGACCAAUCAGACAUUUUUGUUCUAGGAUUCCAGGAGGUGGUCCCUCUCAACGCCGGGAACGUGCUUGUCAUCGAGGACAACGAGCCGGCGGCGAGAUGGCUCGCGCUCAUCAACCAGGCGCUCAACCGGCCUUCCUCCUCGUCGCCGCUGACGAGCCGCUCCUUCAGCCAGUCCGCAUCCCCCGCCUACGCACUCCAGACGGCGAGCUCCAGCCCUCUCGACCCGUCUCUGUUCCACAAGAACGGGUCUUCACCGAAAGAGGUUCGCCGCGCCGCAAUCACCCGCGGCCGCCGGCUCAAGUCAUGCACUUGCCCCGCGGAGAAGCCGCCCCGGCGCCGGCCCAACUACAGAGCGCCGUCAUCAUGCCUGAUGAUGCGCUGCGGCAGCAGCAAAAACCAGCGCCAGUACGCUGCUGAGGGCGACACGACGACGUCAGAAGAGGAGGACGCCGACAUCGUCGUCGACGAGGAGGCAGCGUCGUUGUCCAUGGCGUCCAACGCCGCGCUGCUGCUACGGCCGGCGGCGGGGAGCCUGCAGGGGAGGUACUGCCUGGUGGCGUGCAAGCAGAUGGUGGGUCUCUUCACGACGGUGUGGGCACGGCGGGAGCUGGUGGCGCACAUCAGCCACGUCCGGCUCAGCUGCGUCGGCUGCGGCAUCAUGGGCCGCCUUGGCAACAAAGGGUGCAUCUCCGUCAGCAUGUCGCUGCACCAGACGUCCCUCUGCUUCGUGUGCAGCCACCUCGCCUCCGGCGAGAAGGACGGCGACGAGCUCCGCCGCAAUUCCGACGUCGUCGAGAUCCUCAGGAGCACACAGUUCCGCCGCGUCUGCAAGCGUUCCGGCCGCCGCAUCCCGGAGCGAAUCCUCGACCACGACCGAGUGAUCUGGCUGGGGGACCUGAACUACCGGAUCGGUCUAAGCUACGCGGAGGCGAAGAAGCUAGUGGAAGCCGGCGACUGGGCGGCGCUGUUCGAGAAGGACCAGCUCAAGACGGAGCGGGAGGGCGGGGUCUUCCGGGGGUGGAGCGAGGGCCUCAUCGCCUUCGCGCCCACGUACAAGUACUCGUGGAACUCCGACAGCUACGCCGGCGACGACGACGGCGGCAGUGCCGGUGGCGCAGCGUCGAAGAAGAAACCAAAACGGAGGACGCCAGCAUGGUGCGACCGGAUCCUGUGGCGCGGCGAGGGGAUCGUGCAGGUGGCGUACGUCCGCGGGGAGUCCAAGUUCUCCGACCACCGCCCCGUGUGCGGCGCGUUCAUGGUCGAGGUCGCCGUCCUCGACGGCACGGCCAAGAUGGUCAAGCUCGUAGCCGCCACGGCCAGCAUGAAGGUCGGGGCGGAGGAGCUCUUUUACCCCGGCAACCGUAGCUAGCAGCACGAGCGCGCGAGCUUCCUGAGCGUGAUUCCGCCAUUGAUCGCUCAAGCUGGUUCCAAGAAAGAAACACUCGUCGCAUCUCGUUGCCCAGACACCACUGAUAAUUUAGGAGAUAGCCCGCGGUCGCGGCGUACUGAACUACUGUACUACUGAUGCAUGCGUGCGCUGCUGUCGUUCUGUUGAGCUUUGAAGAAUUGAUCAGUUCUGACGCUAAAUGUGGGAGCGAUUUUGCUCUCACACCAAAUGUUAAAACUGAAUCACUCACCUCUGAUCCUGUACCUCAUGAACUGAAUGUAUGUAAAUUAGUCUA